GUUGUUCUGAACCACUAUUUUUUUUUUUCUUUUUCUUUUUGGGAAAGCAUGGCCUUCUAAUUACUCUUCCUAUUUUUAAGUUUUUUCACAGACACAAAUACAUUUCUUUGAGGGUCACUUCUGGCCUAUAAAAAGGAUGUUCAGAGACUGAAAAUCCUAGCCUUCACAAACUCAAUGAGAACAACUUCGUAUCUUUGCAAAAACAUGAAGUCUCAUUUAGCUUUUUUCGUAAUAUUCUCUCUUCUCCUGGUUGUUAACCUCAGCUAUGCAAGAAAAGACAUGGGAGACUAUUGGAAGAACAUGAUGAAUGGCCAAGCUAUGCCUGAAGCGAUCAAAGACCUCCUCGCUCAAGAUCCACAAGAAUCAGAUGCAGCGAAGGAUCAUUUUGUUCGGGACUUUGAUAUAAGACCUAAUCUCAUAUUAUAUCACACACAUGCUGUGUCCAGAGACCAGAAGCAGCAUGCCAUGGCCGAGAAAAUAGAACAGCUUCAAGGAACAGGAACACAUGGCUGAACAAACUACCAUAAAGGGUUGAAGCUCAAAUCAUUUGCUCAUGGUUAGAAGGAAGACACACGUAUCUCUCUACAUAGUAUAUGACCCAUGAACAUCAUGGUCUUUAGUAUAUCUUGUAGAGUUAUUCAUGUUUCUAAAACCACUCUUUCUGUUGAACACUUGAACCCUUUUAUUAAUAGAUGUCUCUUUAUGGUUAUAA